AUGCCAAGUGGCCGAAUGCCGCCUGCGAUCCAGCGAUACGUCGGCCAAUCGGUCGAAGAAGAAUACGGCAUCCGGGAUGUGUGGGCAGAAAAUCUCGAAGAUGAGAUGCACAACCUGCGCUCGAUCGUGCAGAAAUACAAGUUCGUGGCGAUGGACACGGAAUUUCCGGGCGUCGUUGCUCGACCCAUAGGUCAUUUUAGGGCGAACACUGACUAUCAGUAUCAACUGCUUCGGUGCAAUGUGGACAUACUUAGAAUUAUACAAGUUGGACUGAGCUUUUACAAUGAGCACGGAGAGCUGGCGCCGGGGGUCUCGACGUUUCAGUUCAACUUCAAGUUCAGCAUGACAGACGACAUGUUCGCGCAAGAUAGUAUCGACUUGCUGACCAACUCGGGGAUUCAGUUCAAAAAGCAC